GUGAAUGGCUUUGGUAUCACUGGAUGUAGCAGAGCUAUGUUGGCGAAUAGGAUUUCUUAUUGGCUAGGAGUGACUGGACCAUCUUAUACUCUGGAUUCUGCCUGCAGUUCGAGCUUACUCGCUCUAGAACACGCCUAUCGGUGCCUGCAAGACGAUCUAUGCGAUGCUGCCAUUGUGGGCGGAUCAAACUUGUGCCUUCAUCCCUUCGUCUCACUGCAAUUUUCUCGUCUCGGGGUCUUGUCGCGUGAUGGUCGGUGUAAAGCGUUUGACAACGAUGCGGAUGGCUACGCUCGCAGCGAAGCGAUCGUCGUCGUAUUCCUACAAAAAGCGAAAAACGCGAAACGAAUCUACGCCAGGGUGGUUUACGGUAAGUCGAAUUGCGACGGUUACAAAGAGCAGGGCAUCACGUUUCCAUCGAGCACGAUGCAAGGCGAACUGCUACGAGAAUGUUAUGAGGAGUGUGGCGUAUCGCCGAAAGAUCUGUCCUACAUGGAGUGUCACGGUACCGGCACCAAAGUCGGCGAUCCUGAGGAGAUCAUCGCAAUUGAUAAAGCCAUUUGCAAAAACCGAACUGCUCCUUUACUAAUAGGAUCUGUUAAGACGAAUAUGGGUCAUUCCGAGCCUGUUUCCGGGCUGUGUCAAGUUGCCAAGAUACUAAUAGCAAUGGAAACUGGAUUGAUCCCUGCAAAUUUACAUUACAAUCGACCACGAGAAGGCGUAAAAGCUCUCGAAGAUGGCAGAGUUAAGGUCGUCACUGAAUCCACACCUUGGAACGGUGGUUAUGUGGGUAUUAAUUCUUUCGGUUUUGGCGGUGCCAACUGUCAUAUCGUAUUAAAAUCCCAUGAGAAGGAAAAAUUAAAUAAAGGAGCACCAUCCGAUGAUUUACCGAGACUCGUAACGGUGUCUGGACGUACCGAGGAAUCUGUUAAUGUGUUCUUAAAUGAUAUUGAGAAACAUGCGGUAGAUGUUGAGUAUAUUCGGUUGCUGCAUGAUAUUCAUUCUGAAGAUAUCCAAGGACAUCUUUAUCGAGGAUAUACGAUAGUUGGUUCGAAAACGGCGGAGCGUCCCACGAGAGAAACAGAAAAUUACUUAGGAACUGUGAGACCAAUUUGGUUUGUGUUUUCCGGUAUGGGAUCACAGUGGCCCGGCAUGGGUAUUGAAUUGAUGAAAUUCCCUAUCUUCGCCAAAGCUAUUCAGAAAUGUGAUGCCGUCUUACGACCGCGCGGCAUAGACAUCAUUAAUAUUCUAACAAACAAAGACAAAUCUACCUUUGAUAAUAUUUUGCAUUCGUUCGUGGGAAUCGCGGCAAUACAGGUAAGUUGCGUAUUACACAACAACACUUACAUAUUGCUUUCAAUAAAUUUUAUUUUAUGA